CGUGUUUGUGUACCUGUUAAUCUAUAUUAUUAAAAACCCUAACCUAUAACGUGAUAUUUUGUUUUCGAUUGCGCGUCGUAGAAGAGUGACGCACAUACGGUUUUCUCGUUUCAUGAGAAAAGCGAGACAGCAUGACAAAGUGCGAAUUGAAUCAGAUAUUCCUUGGCGAGAUUGCAUCCGUGCAAAAUUAUGGAGCUUUUAUCAGAAUACCGGGUACCUCGCAACAAGGUUUAAUACAUCGGACACAGGUAAGCGCGGCUCAUGUCGACAAUGUUGCAGAGAUUUUGCAAAAGGGUGAGCGCGUCUGGUGUAAGGUGAUCUCUGUGGCGGAGGACGGCAAGAUAGGGCUGUCCAUGAAACAUGUCGAUCAAGGAAAUGGUACGGACUUGGACCCCAAUGGCGUAGAGUUACAAAGAGACAUACAACGGAGAAAGAAUCCAGGUGUGACUCAGCGUAAAGCCAUACAGCUGGAGGCAGUACUAAACACCACGUGCAUAAAAUGCGGGACCAAGGGGCACCUGUCGAAGGACUGUUUCAUGUCCCCCGACGGAAAGACGUACGACCUGAUUCCAGAGAUCGAGGAGCCGAGCGUUCCGGAACCAGCCUACGAGAAUAAAGAGAAAAAGACGCAAAAGAAACACAAAUUAAAAAAAUUGAAAAAGAAAAAGUCGAAGAAGAGUAAGCAGACUACGGAGGAUGACAGCGACUCGGAGGACAAAGAGAGAAGCAAGAGAAAGAAGAAGUCCUCCAAGGAGCGCAAGAAGCACAAGAAGAAACACAGCAGCAGUUCCAGUGACUCUUCUGACAGCUCUUCGUCUAGUCAUGACGUGAAAGCUCACAAACGAAAACACUCUGAUGACUACGAGACUCGAACAAAAAAAUGCAAGCACUCUAAAACCAAACAUCCAGACUGACUUCAUAACAACGUUACAUGUGACUACACUUUUCAUCUUUAUGUGCUCUACCACGUACACAUUUGAUGUAUAUAAAAUAUGUAAAAUCAUCUUGUAAUUACAACAAACAUUUGAACCUGUGUUAAAUAAAUGUUUGCCGUUCGUAAAA